AGAAGCUCCCGCAACCGUUCUAUAUCUUAAUCUCUUCCCCUCCUUUAUCAGGAAGGGCAGAGCUUAGGCAUUACAAAAAGCCUCUCUCUCUUUCACAACUUCUCUUUCAUUUCAGAAAGUUAGCAUUUUUUUCUUUCUUUUUAACGUUCCCGAAAUGGGUUCCAAGGUCUGGCUGACGUUCCUUCUCUUGGCCUUGGCAAUGGUGGCCGAGUCCACUCCAUUUGACGAGGACAGCUGGGGUCUCGCCCAUUUUGGCAACGAUGAUAUAAAUUCAUGCAUUGACGGACAGUGUAACGUUGAAGAUGUAACCGAGGCAUUGAUGGAUUCCGAGACAACUCGUCGCCAACUUGCUCAGAGGAAAAGAUACAUUAGCUAUGGAGCCCUUAAGGCCAACUCAGCCCCAUGCAACCGUCGUGGUCAGUCCUACUACAACUGUCACAAUAGGAAAAGAGCUAACCCUUACAAUCGUGGUUGCAGCGCCAUCACGCAUUGCUAUAGGUACACUAGUUGAAG